UAGCGUUCAACGUCCUAGUUUUGAACAGUGGGAAAACGAAACAUGGUACUACCGAAAAGGCUCUUUAUUCAAGUCCUCUUUCUGCUCUCAAUCCUCGUAAUUGUGGCAGAGGUUUGGGGUGUGACUUCUCGCAGGCAGGAAUCAAUCAACAAAACCCUGAAAAAGAGGACAAGGAAUUCGGAAACUAUAACUACGGUCAAGGAAACAUCCCCCAGUUCGAAAACCGAGAGUCCAUAUGAAUUUUGCAGAAACUAUAAUCGAAUAAAAAAGAACGUUCAAGACUCAGCACUAAGUGAAGAUUUCAUCGUAGGAAAGCGUUCUGCAUUAACUGAAUUACUUGACGUUCGAGAUCGGCCGUAUGGAAAGUAUAAGAAAAAAGGAUUCAGCUUUACCUUCGACAGCAUCGACCAAGUUGAGUACGGCAGAGCAGUGGAGGCGUGUUUGUACCGGAAACUGCAGCUGCUGGCAAUCGACAAAAUCGACGAUUCGUAUUUUUACACCAGGCCGCUCGAAUAUGAGACGAUAGAUUUUUUGUGGACGAGUGCAGCACCGUGUUCAGAGAGCGACCCGCUGAACAAAGCUACGAAUUCGUGCUCCAGUGUCACCUGGUGUCCAAACAAUGGGGAAACUCGACUUAACUACACGUUGAAUUUGGGAAAAUUUACUCGGCCCUACUGCAUGAUUUACAGAAAUUCGACGAAGCAACUCGAACUUUUGGAUUGCUCCAUUAAAGCAUAUUUUUCGUGCGAGUCAGCGUGCUCGAGGGCGGUGAUUCCCUUACAGAAUGAGUGCAAGAAAGAUGAGUCCUUAUUUGAAGUAAUUGGCGGAAAAUCAUACCUCAAAAAAGAACAUGAGAUCCGCGGCACCUGGGAGAAAACCAAAUUUGGUUUUUAUUAUUUCCUUGGAGAGAAAAUGGUGAACUGGAAGGAAAAUUGGAUUACAUGCUGCAGACUGGGCCUCAAACCUAUAGCUCUGACCAAAUCUCUUCUGGACCAUUUCAACAGAUCGAAUAUCCCCGUGCAGGGUGUGGCUUUUUGGUCGGCGUUGACUCGAGCUGGGUGUCCACUUCACUUUGAAAACUUCCUCCACAACGCUUCGGAAUGGCUCGAAUCAUUCAAAAAUGUCACAAUUUUUGGAAUCCGACAAGGAGGCUCUUGCGUGGCUGUUUCGAUCAAAGAAACGGGGGGAAAGGAGGUCAAGUCGGGUGUGGCAGUGAAAACCAACGUCUGCGCUUCCAAACUGCUGUUGGGCUGCCAAGGAACGGAACAGACCUUCGAUAUCACGGAUUACUCAAGCAACUGUGAUCUGCCAGUUUGCACAGGGCUUCCCGAUUGCGUCAUUGAAGAUGAAAUUUUCCUCAAGCAACCCUUCCGAGCUCUGCUCGAAAAUAGUAACCCGAAUGAGAAGGGGGAACUGCCUUUUCGGACAGAGGCCUGGACGGCUGGGCGGGAUAUCGAUUCCUGCCGUGGACAAUUGCGAUGGUGUACCGGUUACCUGAACGACUACCUGAAAAACGACCUGAAUUGGAAAAAGGACCACGAUCCAAUAUUGGCCAACAACUCGUGCGUCUACCUCGAUUUUGGGGAUCCAGUUGAGCCUAGUCUGGCGCUGGCAGACUGCUCAGAAAAGAAACAGAUCAUCUGCGAGGCACCCAUGGGAAUCGGCUUCAAAUCGCAGAUGCAUUAUCACCAUUGCAGGAAAAAUUACAAAGUUAAAGAAAUUGAUGCCGAGAAAAUUUGGAACACUGGUGAUUUGAGCCGCACCAGUUACGCAGCCAAAAACAUGAUUCAAUGCCUAGCAGAGCACAUAGGACUGGUGUACAACUCGACACAAAUCAACCUGCACGUUUACCUGAAAAUGAUGGCCAGAAUGUUGCAUCCACUUGACGUCGAGUUAAUGAAAAAUGUGAAUGAACAUCAAAUGUUCAAAGUGAAAGAAAACAAAGUUAUGCUGCCCUCGUCAUUCGAAGCCAAUUACGGUAAGAAGAAGAUAAAAGUAUUUGAGGGAGACAUGAUAGAAGACGGCGCGGAUGAAUUUUCCUUGGCCCACUUUGACUUUGUCACCGAAAUGAUGAACAAACUCCAAGAAUGCAGGGGAAUCAAAAAAUCGAACGAGGAAACGUUCGCGUUUGACUUCCUGGUGUGCCUCCUUCAGUCCAAGGCGGUGGAUCACUUCUGGAGAUUUUACGAUUUUAACUUUGAACAAAGCAGUGUGAUUCCCGCGAACCACGAUCUUAACCCGCCGUGCAUGGCGUUUGACGAGUUUUUGAAACAUAAUAAUUCGUCUUUGUGCAUACCACCGAAUGGCUUGCUUCUGCUGACUGAAUCUGGACCUUUUAUCACCCUGAAACCACUCAACAUAAAAAUGUUCAAAACGUCAUCUUUCACCGCGUGUUUGGAGAAGAGAGGCUCACUUCCUUACGCGCAAACCAAGCAGGAGUUUGAAUUGAUCUACAAUUAUAUCAGAAGUGUGGCUCCGAAUCUGACGAUCAUCUGGGACCAAGGCUUUUACGACAAGCUGAACGACAAAUUCAUGUGGUGCCGCAGCGACUUGGGUCCCUCCCAUCCUGGGGCCAAAAUUCCGAUUCCUGUCGCCGUGAACGUGACGACCAAAGAGGAUUUCGUGAUGCUCGUCUCCCUGCCGGGUGCGAAGCCAAAUCUGCACGCUGUCCCUGUCUCCGAGCAGCUCAAGUACGAAACCAACGUCUUCUGCCGCUUCCAAGAUUUCGUGGUGAAACAGUGCUCGACCAAGGUGUGAUCCAAGACUUCAGAGUUCUAAAUAACUAAAUCCUUUUCAAUUUGAAUUGGGAAUUAA